AUGAGUAACUCUUCUUCUGACGAAACCACUUCUAGUGAAACUUCGUCCAAUCCAUCCACUACUCCUUCUCCCAUUCACACGAUAAUCGGUAAUCCUUUUGCAAUGAAUAAUAAUAAUGAAAUACAACAGAGAACACUUAAUGAUUACCUUCACCCCACCCAAACUUCCAUACCAUCAUGCUUCAUAUUUCCACCUAAUAUGCCAAGUCUUGGUGUCAAACCCGGCAUUAUUCAACUUUUGCCAACUUUUCAUGGAAUAGAAAAUGAAAAUCCAUACGUGCAUAUUAGGGAGUUUGAGGAAGUUGUUGACACUUUUUAUGACCGAGCAACCAUCAAUGAUGCUGCACGCUUAAAGUUUUUCCCCUUCUCCUUGAAGGAUAAAGCUAAAAGUUGGUUGUAUUCUUUGAGAUCUAGGUCUAUUGGAACAUGGGAAGAAAUGACCAAAACAUUUUUUGUUAAAUAUUUUCCUGUCCAUAAGACCAACAGUUUGAAAAGACAAAUCUCAACAUUUUCCCAAAAAGACAAUGAAACGUUCUAUCAAGUCUGGGAGAGAUUUAAAGAUCUCUUAAGUCAGUGUCCACACCACGGGUACGAGAGUUGGCGCAUCGUCAGCUACUUCUAUGAAGGCCUCACAAGUCGUGAGCGCCAGUUCGUAGAAAUGAUGUGCAACGGUGAGUUCCUUCAAAAGGAACCCGAAGAAGCUCUUGAGUUUCUCAUUGAGCUUGCUGAAAAAUCUCACACAUGGACUGGUCCAAGUGCUGCUGAAAGCACCAACAGAAAUCGACCAGCUGGGAUUUACCAACUUCGGGAAGAGGAUAGCUUAAAGGCCCAAGUCGAAGCUUUAAAAAAGCAAAUUGAAAUCCUUACGACUAAAGAUGGCCAAAAAGGGCGCAUGGUUGCCCAAGCACAAACUAGACCACUCGAACCUUGUUUCGUUUGUGGAGAAAAUGACCAUUUAGCUAAGGACUGCUUAGUUUACAAAGAAAUGAAGGGGGUUCAUGAGGAGCAAUGCAAUGCCUUAGGGCAAUAUAACAAGCCAUUCUCCCAUGCGUACAACCCUGGUUGGAGAAACCACCCGAAUUUCAGUUGGAGAGAUAAUUCCAACCAAGGUCAAACGUCUGGAGGACAAUGGAGAAAUGAGAAUCAAGCUCAACCUCCAAAGGCAUAUCAUGCACCUCAAUACCAUGUUCAACAACAAGGAAACUCCCUUGAAAAUACCAUUCAUGCAUUCAUUGAGGAACAAACCAAAAUCAAUCGCCAAUUAAAGGAAGAUGUCCAAGAAAUAAAAAGUCAAUUUUCAAAAUUGAACACAUCCUUAGCUAUUUCUGAGAAAGGCAGACUUCCUUCCCAACCUCAAUUCAAUGCACAAGGGCAACAUAUGGCUGAAACCUCCACCUCUAAUGAUCCCAUCGUUAAAGGGGUUAACGCCAUCACAACAAGAAGUGGUAAAGCUUUGGAAGAUCCAUCCAUCAAAACCACUACUUCAAAUUCAAAAGUUGCCCCUGACAGUGCACCGAUAAAUGCUCAAGCAAAAGUACCAUUUCCCCAGGCUCUUAGACCUGUUGGGAAAAUUCCUGAAAAUCGAGCUGAACUCCUUGAGCACUUGACACAAGUGAAGAUUAAUCUUCCUUUGCUUCAUAUCAUAAAACAAGUGCCAGCUUAUGCCAAAAUCAUCAAGGACUUGUGCACUGCUAAGAGAAAGCACCAUGUCAAGAAGACUGCUUUCUUGGAUCGAACAAGUGAGUGCGGUGAUCGAACAAAAGACACCGCCAAAAUAUAA